AUGGAAGACGAGCAACAUGGGCUCAUUAGUGCGUUAUACCCUCCUCCGCCUCCGUAUUUGAAAUUUUUCACCAGUAAAAACGUUGAAAAACUUAAAGAGUUGAGAGAAACAAAGAGUGAUGAAGAAAUACAUCAGCAGGUGAAAGGAACGGAGUUGCAAUUCCUCAUUCCCCCUACAAAGCCAGAAGGGGAGUCAUAUCGAUCAUUUGGAAGUGUCUGGAGCUUUAAAGAUAAAUUCAUAGAUCUCAAGGCUUCUGGAAUUCAACAAUUGUAUCCAAAUUUCAUAUCUGAGGAGAAUGACCAGGACGAAGUAUUCUCCCAUGAAAGACUAACAGAAAUGAAAAAAAUGACCAAAUCUUUGCUGCUAAACUUCUUAGAGCUACUGGGCAUAGUUGCUAAGAAUCCCAGUUAUGCUAAUCAGAAAAUAGAGCAUAUACGGAUCAUUUUGAUAAAUUUACAUUAUCUGUUGAACAGCUAUCGAUUGCACCAGUCCCGUGAGAUUUUGAUACUAGAAAUGGAAAGCAAGAUACAACAGGACAAAGCUGAGAUUGAAAACAUUGAAACGGUUUGUGCAAGAAUAGAAGAAAAAGUAAGGACAUUGGUUAAAAAGAACGUGAUAAUAGUUCCAGAAAAGAACGGUAUGAUGGAAGUAGACGAUGAAAAAGAAACUGACAUAGAAGCUAAACGUCAAGAGGUGAUAGAUAGCUUACUUGAAGAGGAAUACAUAGAAUAA